GCUCCCACUGCGCUCGCAGCCCGCGACACCAGCAGCACACCACGACGACGACGCAGCGUCGCCGGAGUCGCACCUGUCGGAAGCCGCGGGCGAUGGCCAGCACAGCCCUGCGAACGUGAACCAGCGCCCGUCACUAUCACAACGCGCCCGCCAUUCAAGCUUCACCAUGGCCGAACCGCGCCCUCUCGCCGCCGCAACCUCCAAUCCCGAUCCGCCGAACCCAGCGUCCUCGACAGGCGUGUCGCCCGGCGGCGGCGGUGGUCCUGCGACAUCCUCGGCCGCACCGAAAGAUCAGAUUCCCGGACAUCCAUCAUUUCGACGACAACGCGCAUCGCGAGCUUGUGAAACAUGUCAUGCGCGCAAGGUCCGUUGCGAUGCCGCUAGUCUCGGUGUGCCAUGCACCAACUGCGUGGCCUUCUCCAUCGAAUGCAAAAUUCCCACUCCCAAGCGGAAGAAGACGGCGGCAAAAAAGGAUAGCGAAAGCGAGCGCGACCGCACAGAAUCGAUCAAAGAUGACCGCUCACCCGCCGCGCCUCAGAGCACCACGAGCACCACAUUCCCGACCAGAGGCGAAAUGGUCAUGUCCCGGGAAGUAGAGCCCGAACAGAUCGGCAUGAACACUCCAGCGGGGAUGCCGAAAGUGGAGGGCUCCGAAUCCUACUAUGCUGGUCAGCAGGCGACCAACGGCACCUAUGCGCAGUUCAUGAAGCCCAAAUUUGCUCGUGCCCCGAUUAAGGAAGCAGGUCGCGUGGCAUAUCUCGGCGAGUCUUCGAAUCUAUCAUUACUGGUCCAGGAUCGACACGGGACGACCGACGUGGUUCACUAUCCUCUGCCGGAAAAUGUCAGAGGAACGCGAGCGCGGAUCAACGAACUGGAUAACGUCGAGAUUGACAUUCUGCACCAAAGAGGAGCGUUCCUGCUGCCUCCACGACAGCUUUGCGACGAACUGGUGGACGCAUAUUUCACAUGGAUCGCUCCCGUGGUGCCGGUCAUCAAUCGGAGCAAGUUCAUGCGGCGCUAUCGUGAUUCGAAAAAUCCCCCUUCACUUCUCCUUCUACAAUCAAUUCUGCUCGCCGGCUCACGAGUCUGCAAUAACCCACAGCUCAUGGACGCGAAUGGAUCUACUACCCCUGCGGCAAUGACGUUCUACAAGCGUGCAAAGGCACUUUACGACGCCAACUACGAAGAUGAUAGAGUCACAAUCGUCCAAGCCCUCAUCCUCAUGGGAUGGUAUUGGGAAGGACCAGAGGACGUAACAAAGAAUGUUUUCUACUGGAGCAGAGUAGCCGUCAUUGUCGCACAGGGUUCCGGAAUGCAUCGAAGCGUCGAAGGCUCACAACUCAGCAAAACUGACAAGAGGCUCUGGAAGCGCAUUUGGUGGACCUUGUUCACGCGUGACAGAUCUGUCGCUGUUGCUCUCGGCCGCCCGGUUUGCAUUAACAUCGACGACUCGGACGUGGAGAUGGUCUCACCUGACGACUUUAUCGACGACGAGCCCGACCGGCCAGCAGAAUAUCCUCCGGACCCGAUUCACGUACAGUUCUUCCUCAACUAUGUCAAGCUGUGCGAGAUCAUGGGUUUGGUCCUCUCUCAACAGUACUCUGUCGCUUCCAAAUUACCGCGGAACAAUGCACUGGACCUGACACACAGCGAUAUGGCACUCGCGGAUUGGCUCCAGAACUGUCCUCAAGAGGUGAGGUGGGAGCCACAACGGCACCAUUUCUGGUCUGCGUUGUUACAUUCAAAUUAUUAUACGACACUGUGUCUCUUGCACAGGGCUCACAUGCCUCCAGCUGGAUCACCAGGAUCGCGCCCCACGAACGGCUACCCUGAGGAGACUGCGUACCCUUCGCGAACUAUUGCAUACCAGGCCGCCGCCAUGAUCACAUCGAUUAUUGAGGCACUGCAAAAUCACGAACAAUUGCGCUAUGCGCCUGCCUUCAUUGUCUACAGCUUGUUCUCUGCACUGAUCAUGCACGUGUACCAGAUGCGGUCCUCGAAUCAAUCAAUCGUUUCGGCUACACAACAGCGGUUACAGGUCUGCAUGAACGCGCUCAAGGAUGUUUCAAAAACUUGGCUGGUCGCUAAGAUGGUCCACACCCUGUUCGAAUCGAUCCUUGGCAACAAACACCUCGAGGAUAGGCUCCAGAAAGCUGCAGGUCGCCGCCACGCUAAGACCAAACACAAUGGAGCGAGCAGCAAGGCGAGUAAGGGUACGCCGGUUGUGCCGGAUGCCGCAGAGGCUCAAAAGCGCAAAUUCGACGAGAUGGAAAUGGGCUUCGCCAAUGGGCCGCCUGCGCCGCAAAUGUCGUACGAGCGAUCACGACCUGUCUCACCAGCCAUCACUCCCUCUCGCGAGUUGCCUGGUACUGGCCAAAACGCCCAGCAGACACCACAGAUGCCACAGAUGACCGCUGGAAGCCCGCCUUUGCGUCAAGCUACCGAUACGUUCAUGGGAGCCUCACGGUCCAACACGAGGCCGACCACACCGGCCUUCCACGCAUUGCCUUGGUCGCGAUUGGGUUCCCCCGAUGUCUUCCUCCACACGCGGAACUCGCCGAAGAUCUCCGAAGAUCUGUGGCAGAAUUAUCAACCGGAACAGCUCUUCCCUCCCGAAACGAAUGGUCUCUUCCCGGUCACCUCGAACAGUCCUAACCAGAUGGUCGAUCCGGCAUUACGGGCACAGUCGCACUCCAACCCACAGUUCUCGCAUCCGUUGUCAACACCACAAAUGCAAGGUCAGAUGUCGAUGGGCGAAGGACAGUCAAUGCAUUACCAGCAGGAUCCAGCCGCGUGGUCUCAGCUGAAUAUGGGCAAUAACUCUCAGCAAGAUGACGCGUGGAGCAACUCGAGUAGUGCCGGCGGGCCGAUUGUGCCGACGACUCUUAAUGUGGGAGAUUGGUUCGAAUUCUUCGGCAUUCCUAAUGGGAGCGACAUCAACGGCCUGAAUGGUGCCGCCGGCUACGGCUGAGCUGAGUGAACACUUCCAGCAAAAAUUCUCAAAGUUGACCAAGGAAGCCCACAAAAGUGAAGCGGAGUUUGUGCUCCGUCGUGCGAGGAUGUAAGACAAGCUGUUCAAGAGAAGGUUCCCAACGCGCAUCUGCUGCGAUGGAGUUCUAAUGUCCCUGCCAUCCAGUUGACGCAGGUGGUAGAAGAGUAGAGGUUACAGUCGAGCACUCCGGAAGCGAAGGACGACGUCGACAAGCGCAAGGGCCGUGGGAGACUCAGGUAGUACGCCAUACAGUGUGCACGAAAUAGCUGACAUGCAAUAAGAGGCUUUCAAAAUGCGAGUUACACCUCGU